GCAGUGCCCCCCCUCAGCGGCCCCGCCCGCCCCUGCCGAGCCGAACUGAGGGCGGCGGCGGCGGCUGCUGGAGCGGCCCGGCAGGAGGAGGCGGCGAGGAUGGCGGCGGCGGCGGCGGCGUCCUGGGCGCGGCGGAGAUGAGCGCUCGCGGCCCCAGGCCCAAGGCGGCGUGGCCGGAGUGGGCGGGGGUCCCGAUGCAGUCCCGAGGGGGGCCAUGGGGCAGGUCCUGCCGGUCUUCGCCCACUGCAAAGAAGCUCCAUCUACAGCUUCAUCUACCCCUGACUCCACAGAAGGAGGGAACGACGAUUCGGAUUUUCGGGAGCUGCAUACAGCCCGGGAAUUCUCGGAGGACGACGAGGAGGAGACCACGUCGCAGGACUGGGGCACUCCCCGGGAGCUGACCUUCUCCUACAUCGCCUUCGACGGUGUGGUGGGCUCAGGGGCUCGCAGGGAAUCAGCCGCUCGCCGCCCACGGCCCCAGGGCCGCUCAGUCUCGGAGCCGCGAGACCCGCCCCCUCAGCCUGGCCUGGGCGACAGCUUGGAAAGCAUCCCCAGCCUGAGUCAAUCCCCGGAGCCAGGGCGUCGAGGUGACCCCAGUUCUGCCCCUCCAGCUGAGCGCCCCCCGGAGGACCUGGGGCUUCAGCUGGAUCAACUGGGCUGGGCGACCCGGGGAGCAGGGACUGGGGAGGACUCUGCCACCAGUAGCUCCACUCCGCUGGAAGACGAGGAGCCCGAAGGAUCAGUGGCUGGAGAGGGUGGGAAAGAAUUGGACCUACCACUCGGAUUCGUUCAGUCCUCGCCGCUGGAAGUCUUUACUCCACAGCCCAGCCCUGUCUCUGGGAUCCCCCAGACCCCCACCCCAUCCCCACCUCGAUCCCGGGAUUCGAACUCUUGGCCGGAUGAGCCCUUGCUGGACGAGAAGGAGGAAGAGCCGUGGGGGCAGCUGGAGCAGGAGCCAAUCACGGGGCAGUGCCUCGAUAGCACGGACCAAUCAGAAUUCAGACUGGAAUCACACGUUCUAGUGGCGGACCUGCUGUACUGGAAGGACACGAGGACGUCAGGAGUGGUCUUCACAGGCCUCAUGGUCUCCCUGCUAAGCCUCCUGCAUUUUAGCAUCGUGUCCGUGGCCGCCCACGUGGCCCUGUUGCUGCUCUGCGGCACCAUCUCUCUCAGGGUUUACCGAAAAGUGCUGCAGGCCUUGCACCGGGGGGAUGGCGCCAACCCCUUCCAGGCCUACCUGGACGUGGACCUGACCCUGACUGGGGAGCAGACUGAACGUUUGUCCCAGCAGAUUGCCUCCCGCGUGGUCUCUGCGGCCAUACAGCUGCGGCAUUUCUUCCUGGUAGAAGACCUCGUGGACUCCCUCAAGCUGGCCCUUCUCUUCUACAUCUUGACCUUCGUGGGUGCCGUCUUCAAUGGUUUGACUCUUCUCAUUCUGGGAGUGAUCGGUGUAUUCACAGUCCCUCUGCUAUAUCGACAGCACCAGGCCCAGAUUGAUCAGUAUGUGGGAUUGGUGACCAAUCAGUUGAGCCACAUCAAAGCUAAGAUCCGAGCUAAGAUCCCAGGGACCGGAGCCCUUGCCUCGGUAGCAGCUGCAGUCUCCGGACCCAAAGCCAAAGCCGAAUGAAAGAGGUGUCUCUGCCUGCGGGACGCCUGCCCCCACCCCCUGUAGCCCUCUGCCCUCUUCCAUCUCCCUUCCAUCCCUGCCCUCAUUCAGCCUCAGCCCGAGCCAUUUCCCAGUGGGUGUCAGGAUCACUCACACCAGGGAGUUUGCGCAAAUUGCCUGAGCGGUCAGGACUACAUUUCCCAAGAGGCUCUGCUCUAGGAGUCCAAGGAAAGCGAGGCACCUUGGCCGCGGGCCUGCUGGGACUUGUAGUUGCCUAGAUAGGGCACACGCCCUGCACUUCCGUGACCCCACCGCUGGAGGCGCCGUGAGGGCUUGGUGUCUCUUUCGACGCCACUAGCCCCAACGCUGGGGCUUUGCAUGGGGCCCAGGGGAGGCCUGAGCUUGGAUUUACACUGUAAUAAAGACUUCUGUGGAAAA